AUGACUAAUAAGUCAGAAGAAUCAUAUAGAAGAUUAUUUCAAAGACUAAUAGAUUUUGGGGAAAUGCAUAAUAUUGAUUUGCAGCCUCAAAUAAUCUUAACAGAUUUUGAGAGUACUGCUAUAAAUGCUGUUCAAUUAGAGUUCGAUAAUGUCCAAA